AUGGUUAAUGAAGCAACUAUAAAAUCAUUUCAUUUUACAUUUUUAUCGGUUGAUAUUUCAAAUAAUAAAGGCUACAGAUUAGCAAGAUACGAUGCUGCUGAAUUUCAAAAUAAAAAUCUUGUUGAAUUAGGUUGUGGUAACGGUUGGAUAACCAUUACUAUGGCAAAAAAAUUUGAACCACAAAAAGUGUUUGGUUUAGAUAUUAAUCCACGAGCAAUAGUUUGUUCGAAAAUAAAUCUCUAUUUAAAUGCAUUAGAUGAUCAAGCCAAUGACGUUAAGGAUGAUUUGAAUGAAGAAAAUUUAAUUGAUAAAAUUGAAUUUUAUGAAUCAGAUCUACUUGAAUAUUUCAUUAAUAAAGAACCUUUUCAUUUCGAUGUCAUAUUUGGAUGUAUUCCACAAGUACUUCAUCCAGAAAAUUUUCCUACUGAUGAAAUAAUACAUGAACGUCAACAUGAUGAUUUAUUAUAUUCAUACAGUAAUUAUUGUGCCCAACAAGGUUACGUUGAAGAUUCUUUUGGCUUUGGAUUAAUAGCCAAGGCACUCGAACAAGGUAUUGAUUUGAUUAAACCCAGAGGAAAAUUAAUUUCCAAUAUGGGCGGUCGUCCUGGUAAAAAAAUAUUGGAAAGAUUGUUUGAGCGACGAGGGGUCGAUAUCAAGAAAAUAUGGCAGAGAAAAGUAAUACAGGCAAGUGACACAGAUAUUGCUCCUAUGAUAAAAAUAGAAGAACAAUCACCAAUUAGGCUUGAAUUUUAUAUGGGUUUGAAUUUUGAUGAGUCAAUAUCUGCUAAAACUGCAAAAUAUUAUGCAGAUGCUGGCGGACAAAUUUGUCAUUCAUUAACUGUUUAUGAAUGCACUUUCCACAAUUUGGAUAUAUUAAGAAAUAUUUUCAGUUUAUUAAAAGAUGUUGAUUAUCAAGAAGCAUUGCAUGGAUUAGAUUUGUGUUUUAACGAUAAAAGCAUUGCUGAAGAAAAAAUUAAUUUUCUUUCAACUCUUACUCAAAAGUCGUUAAUUAGCAAUAUUGUUAAUGUUUAUUCAGCUUCAUUGAUUUUGGCUGAUACAGAUCAUGCCAAAGGUUUGAGAAAAUAUGAAUCCAAAAAUUUUAUAUUGCUUGAAGUUCCUCAAUCAUCUACUUUAUUAGAAGAAUUAAUUCUAAAAUUAAAGCCUCAAUUGGUAUUUUUCAGUUUUAAUGAAUUACAAAGCAAGUCGGUUGAAUCUUUUAAAUCACUUAUUUCGGUCUCCGAACAAGAAGGAACACGUUUAUUUGUGGAUAUGUCAGCUUACUUCGAAGUAAGCAGUUCUCCUCAAAAUAUUGGUAUUCUAAAUUAUUUGUCAAAAAAUAAUCUUCCUAAUCAUGUUGCCAUCAUCUGUGGUUUGAUAAAAAAUAAGGUUUAUUCAGAUUUAGAAGAUUGUUUCUUAUUAACACAAAACGAAAACAUGAUUGAAACACUUGCUAAUAGUGCUGAACUUACAUACAGCAGAACACCGAUGGUUUCACAACUUUAUUAUUCGGAAUUAUUAUUUGAUUUAGUUAAAUUUCAAAUGGUAAACGUAAGAAAAAAUCAGAAACAUGCUGGUUUGUUUAAGGAAACUGUUGAGUUUAAAGAAAAAUUCAUCAGGAUGAGAAAUAAUGUUUUGGAAUCGUUCAAUCAUCCAUGCAUUCAAAUCAAUGAACUUCCAAUAACAAAAAAUACGAUAAGAUUAGAUUAUGGUGAAAACGAAUUAGUUAGUCCAAAAUCGUUAAAAACUUCCAUUUUUGAAAGUUUUAUUCGACAAAACAUUCCAAAUGAAGAAAUUGAUGUAUUACCUGAAAUUUCAACAUUAUUAAAAUCAAGAUUUGGUAUCAAUUCAAGCAAUGAAAUAAAAAUACAUUUUGGAACGGGAGUCGCUCCACUAUUUUCGGCAUUGGUACGAACAUGUAUAGAACAACAUGGAAUAUUGGUUUUUCCACAAGGUGCUUAUGGUUAUUUUUAUGCUACAGCAAUGUAUUAUAAUGCACCGAUAAAAAUUAUUUCAACUUCAGAAAAUAAUCAAUUUAAAAUAUCACCUUCCGAACUAUCACAAGUAAUUAACGACAGUGCAAAUUAUUGGAUUUUUUUAAAUUUUCCAUUGGUAAAUCCCACAGGCGCAAGAUAUGGAGCAUCUGAAAUUGAAGCCAUUUUAAGUGUUCCAGGAAUUUCGAAUGCCACUAUUAUUAUAGAUAACAUUUUUUCGGGUUUAGAAUUUGAAAAAUCUGCUGAAACAUAUCGAUUAGAUAACUUAUUUGAUGACGGUAAAAUAAAAUAUGCUGUUCUAGGUGGAAUUUCAAAAGAAUUUGCUGGUGCUGGAUUACGUUUUGGAUAUUUGGUAACAAAAAAUUAA